AUGGCAACAGCAUCAAGCAAUUCUGAAGUCAAAGCUGAAACAAUAUUAGAACUCGCCAAAGAACUACUGCAGCACCUGCAGAACAAUAUUCAUGAGGGCAUGAUCUCAAUGAGCGAUGCAUUCCACUCACUCGAUGAACAUCUUUGCCACCUUCCUCUACUCACGGCUCCUCCGAUUACUAUCCGUCGCCAAUUAGCCGCCCAUGGGGCAAGGUUGUGGAAUAUAUCUGCCCACAUGAUACCGAUUAUUGGGAACAUUACUCAUUUGAGCGCCAUUGCAUUAUUCAUGCUUGAUCGCGCUGCGCCAAGUCACGGCUCAGGAAGCCAAAGAGUGCUGGAAGCAGCAAUGAAAACCGGCCAAAGUUGCACAGAACAUGGGUUAAUUGAACUAAGCCAAAAGAUCAUCGAGAUAGUAGCUGUUCGCUUGGAUAGACUCGAUAGAUCGGCGGAUAGCUCGGAUAAGGCACAAAUAACAUCAGCUACGGUGGGGUACUAUAUGGUUCGAGUUCAUUUGGCCUGGCUGCAAGGGAGGCCCGAUAUAGCAGACCAUUUGUUUUCGAAGAUACCGGCGAUAGCUACUGCAUAUGGCCAGAGACGUAUUUUUGAGUUAUGCUAUAAGAUCGGAAGUUUUGCUCUCGAUGACCGCCAAUAUGAUAACGCAGCGAAAUGGUUAGAGAGGGCCUUGUCAGCUUGGGAGCUUUACCACAGUCAUAUGGCCCAGAGCAUUGACAAUGAUGAACUACUCAUUUUACACGCAUCUAUUCGAGCAAACCUCCAACUCGAGAGCUCACUCGCUAAGGAUCGUCUCCAGAAAGCCCUGAACCUUAUUAAAAAAAGGUAUCCCCAUGAGUUUGCUGUCAAGGCGCUUCAACUUGAGAUUUUAGGCAGAGAAGGACACUGGAAUGGCAAUGCGUAUCUUCAAAUACUACGAGACAUGCUGGAUAUACUGAAUCCCAACGAGGCAGAGUUAAAAACACUAGUGUUUUACCUCCAGAAAGUUCGAGAUCACGAGACCAGUUUUUAUGUGCAAGGAUUGCAGCAGCUUCUAGCUGAAAAGCUUGCUACAUCCAAUCAGCAAGAGUGGACUGAACGAAUCUUCAUCCACUUGGUCUGGACGUUGACAAAUAGUCGCCUCCCCAUGCCGAACAGUAGCAGUAUUUUGCGUGAUACAAUGAAAAGAAUAUCCAAAUGUGGUCGAGCCCUCUUGAGCGAGGACGCUACAAAUGCUUGCCUGAUUCUCAUAUGGAAAUACGUCGAUGUAGUAUCAUCCGAAGGCAAUCUCCGCGUUGCAGAACACUGGUGCUCCGUCGUACUCGAAGAAGUCAUGUUUCAACUUUCUUCAGAAAAUAAAACGAUAUUCAUCAAAAGAUAUAUAGAAUGUGCAUCGGAUAAUCUAAAUGUGUGCGCGGCGUACAAGCUACUUGACAAUAUGGCAGAUGAGUAUAGGAAAUGCCCUUCAGCGCUAUACUUGAUUUAUAAGGCGGCAUUAAGUAACAAAGACUUUACUCAGGGGCACUUUUAUCUCGAUUCGCUCUUUCAGCUGGGUGCAACUGGCAGAACAUACCUCUUGCCAUGUGCAGCAGAAGCCCUUCGAUCUGGGCAAACCUUGCUGGCAGCCAAAUGUGUCCAGCAUGUAGUAGAUAAUCUACAUAACAGCUUCCUGGAAGGAAAGUAUAUUGCAAGCCUCUUUAUAGCUGCAGGUUGUCUGGUCUCGGCACGAAUAGGAAACACGGGAACGGUGGAAGAGAAUGAUGGGCUUUUAGCUCAGGUUAUACGUGUACUUGAAGCAGCACACAAAAGUGAACAAAAUACUGUGUUUUCGGCCAUUGAACUUGAGUGGCUUUCGCAGAGGAGCUAUAACAUCGCUGUUCAAGCACGCUCGUGCGAUUCCAGGCUAGUGAUACGGUUACUGGAUCUGUCCAUGCAAUUCACAGACUUGCAAAGGAAGACCAUGACUUCUGAGAAGCAGUCGGGUCUUAGGCAACACUAUCUGCACUGCGACAGUAUCAAGAUCUUUAGAAUCAUAACAGAGGCUCGCAAGGAGAUGCGACAACACUAUGAAAAUGUCCGAAAUUUUGCUCAGCACUACCGAACUUACAUUUGGAGCCGACCACAAAUUGAUAAUACAACUGACCAACAUAGUAAAUGGCUCCAAAACUAUCGGAAAAUUUUGUCAAUUGACCUCGAAUGCGCGAUAUUCUUCAACCAAUGGGAUCAUGUGCCUUCCAUAAUUGAUGAGUCCAAGAGCAUAAUCGACGAGAAACUCGGUUCUAUAUUUUUAGAUUGCAUCCUCCGUUGUGGAGCUUCGGCAACAUAUAUUGUUAAGUCUGUUGAGUACUUGUCCCUCCGCACCUCCACGUCUCCGUACCUAGAUGGCGCAACAGCCCGGGGCGUUCUUCCCCGCUACAUCCAUACCUUCUUCCAACUCUCUUUAGACGCAUCAGAAUACUGCCUCGCUGAGUCGGCCCUUGAUCAGGCUUUGGCCUCAGCUUGUGACCUCUACGGUACGACCAUGCACUACCCAAGCGAUGAAAUUCAGUGGAUGGCAACAAUGUCAUUUAAUCGAGCGGUGGAUCUUUAUUUGCUUUCUGAAAGCGACGAUUGCCAGCGAUGGGCAGAGAAGGCCAUCAAAUUGGCUGAUCUGGGUGAGAAGGACUUGGGCUUAACCUACGUGUGA